AUGUAUCGUUGUCAGUCCGCCCUGAAGCUCGUGGAGAUAAAUGACCGCUACCGCAUCUUUCACCGGUUCCGCCCAUCCACGGUGGUGGACUUGGCCGCGGCUCCCGGCGGAUUCGCGCAGGUGGCACUGGAGCUGAUGCACCUUCCAGAGAACGCGCCGAAGUCGGCACUGUCUCCGAUGGUCGUUGCCGUGGAUCAGCGGCCCAUCGACCCUAUGCCGGGCCUUGUCGUCGUUCGAGGCAACAUCCUCCAGCACCAACGAAUCCUGCGAACCGUACAAAGUGCCUUAUCCCUCAUGAGAGCGCCACCAACGUCACCACCGCGCGUGUUGUCGUCCGCGCACACCGCACCUCAGACGAGGUGUGUGGACAUGGUCCUCCACGACGGGGUCUCUGUCGUGAAGGGGCAGCGCGCCUUUUCCGUGACCUACGCGCAAAACCAAAUGGCACUGAGCUCUCUGCUGUUGGGCAGUAAACUGUUUCAGCGGCACGGUCUCAUAUCCGACCUCCCCACCGAUGCGGUGCCGCACCGGUCAAGCAAUCCUGAAGGACUUAUCAGUCGCAGCACCUCUGCACCGCGAUCGUCGUCUGCCGUGCUUCCCGUGUGCUUCGUCUCCAAGGUACUGCAGAGCGAUCACUUUGCGCAAGUCCUCGCAGCCACGCAAGCGCUGUUUUGCCACGUCCAAGCAUUCAAGCCGGCCGCCUCUCGCCCAGAAAGCCUGGAAAGGUAUGUGGUGGCUACGCACUUCCAGCUGGCAGCGUGGCAACGGCUGACCUCGCCGCACGCGCCGACAGUGCCGCAAAAUUGGCAGCGGCGUUCCAAACACCAUCGCUCGGCCGCAUCCGUGUCCCUGUUCAGUAUGCCCCCAGCGCUGGAGGAUUGCGGUGAUGCGCAUCGCAUUGCUUGGAAUUGUCUGGGGUGCGGGCGCACCUGCAUGGGCUGCCAGCCCUGCCUGCAGUGCGGCCCCUACCGUCCAGCGGAGAAUGCAGGAGAGCGAAGCGCGCACUGA